GUCAGCAGGGAACUACGCUGCCGAGUGAUGGCUGAAGGUAGCUGGAGCUGCUUCCUUGUUCCCGGACGCAGGGAGGGGAGGCAACAGCGGGCACUGACACCCCUCCCGGGGCAGGUGCAGCGCCCUGGGCGCGCCGGGGACAUCGGACAUGGCUGCAGCACCUGCGCCCGCGUGCGGGGGCGGUGCCGGUGGCGGAGCCGCGCCCCUCGGGACACGGCCACGCCCGUGGGCACGCCCAGCGCACACGCCCACGGCUUGUGUAACACAGGGACCGCGUGGCUGCCAGGUACGGAUCGGGAUCGGGACCGGGAUCGAGAUCGGGUCCGCCACCGGGAUCGAGAUCGGGAUCGAGAUCGGGAUCGAGAUCGGGAUCGAGAUCGGGAUCGGGACCCCAGCGGCCGCGCUGCUGCGGGCGGUGCUGAGGAUGCGGCGCGGACAGGGGAAGAGAAAGGCCGAGGUCACGGAGGUGCCGCCCCUGUCUCGGAGGAGGACGGAGGAGGAGGAGGCGAUACAGCAGGCCCGUCGGAGGGCGGCCCCGUCCGUUCGAGAGUUCAAGUACAACAAAAAGCGGGUUCGCCUUGUCUCGCAGGGCCCGGACCUGAAGGAUGAUGCUCGGUGCAUCCUUUACUGGAUGUGCCGGGAUCAGCGAGUGCAAGAUAACUGGGCUUUCCUCUACGCCCAGCGCCUGGCCCUCAAACAGGAGCUGCCUCUGCAUGUCUGCUUCUGCUUGGUGCCCAAAUUUCUGGAGGCCACCAUCCGCCACUACCGGUUCAUGCUGAGGGGCCUGCAGGAGGUGGCAGAGGAGUGUGCACAGCUGAACAUCUCCUUCCACUUGCUGCUGGGCUAUGCCAAGGAUGUGCUGCCCACGUUUGUGGUGGAGCACGGCGUGGGUGGGCUGGUGACAGACUUCAGUCCCCUCCGCCUCCCCCGGCAGUGGGUAGAGGACGUCAAGGAACGGUUGCCAGAGGAUGUGCCAUUUGCACAGGUUGAUGCCCACAACAUCGUGCCCUGCUGGGUUGCCUCCCCCAAGCAGGAGUACAGCGCUAGGACCAUCCGGGGCAAGAUCCACGCCCAGCUCCCCGAGUUCCUCACCGAGUUUCCCCCUGUUGUUCCUCACCCACAUCCGCCCUCCUGCCCAGCAGAGCCCAUCGCUUGGGAGGCCUGUUAUUCCAGCCUGCAGGUGGACCACACCGUGAAGGAGGUGGAGUGGGCAACCCCUGGCACAGCUGCAGGGAUGGCUGUGCUGAAGUCCUUCAUUGCAGAACGGCUGAAAUCCUUCAGCACCUACAGGAAUGAUCCCAACAAGGCGGCUCUCAGCAACCUGUCCCCGUGGCUUCACUUCGGCCAGGUUUCCACGCAGAGAGUUAUCCUGGAGGUGCAGAAGCACCGGCGCAAUUACAAGGACUCAGUGGAUGCAUUUGUGGAGGAGGCUGUGGUGCGGCGGGAGCUGGCUGAAAACUUCUGCUACUACAAUGAGAACUAUGACAGUGUGCAGGGUGCCAGUGACUGGGCACAAACCACCCUGAAGCUCCACGCCAAAGACAAGAGGCCUUAUCUGUACAGUCUGCAGGAGCUGGAGCAGGGCACUACACAUGACCCACUCUGGAAUGCUGCCCAGCUGCAAAUGGUCCGGGAGGGCAAGAUGCACGGCUUCCUGCGGAUGUACUGGGCCAAGAAGAUCCUGGAGUGGACGCGCUCCCCUGAGGAGGCCCUGCAGUUUGCCAUCUACCUCAACGACCGCUACGAGCUGGACGGGAGGGACCCCAAUGGAUACGUAGGCUGCCUGUGGUCCAUCUGUGGCAUUCACGACCAGGGCUGGGCGGAGCGGCCCAUCUUCGGCAAGAUUCGCUACAUGAACUACGCCGGCUGCAAGCGCAAGUUCGAUGUCGACCAGUUCGAGCGUCGCUACGCCCCCACACACUCCCAGUGACCCUCUGUGCUGGGGCAGAUGUGCCUUUGCCAAGUUGCCAGCUUGCAGGGAUCACCCUGGGAUGUUGAAGGGCUCCCUGUAGCAGCAGCAGACUCCAGGGUUUUGCAGGUCUCUGCCAUCACCCACUGCUCGAGUUGCCACACUGGGGCAGCUGCUGGAGCCCUUCUGCUGCCACAGGUUUGCUGGCAGCUGUGAGAGCCCAUCCUCAGCGUGCCUAUGCCUGCCAGAAACCUUUUCUUACAACCACUGUCCUCAGGAGUAGCCCAGGUCACCGUUGCUGCUGGUAACCACAGCUGAGAUUUGGGCUGAGCAGGGUGUUUCUAGGGGAAAGCCCCCAGGAGGAGGCUCUUUGUGGAGCCAGUGCUGGGCUGUCAGACACAUCUUUCAACAGUUUUUUUAAAGUUUACAGUUUC